CAAGUUACAAGCUCCAUUACAAAAACUAUUCACGAACUUAAAUAAUGCGUUUAAAGAACAUGAAUAUUAAUGAAUAUACUUGAGGUAGGUGCUGGAUGGCUAAAUAAGAUGAGAAGCCAAUUCAAAAUAAUGUGGGUUAUCUCAAUAGAUAAGUACACACGGUGAAGAAAACAUUUAGCAAUGAACAAUAUUGGUUGUUUGAAUAAAAACUUAAAAUUAUUUUCUAAAUUGCGGUUUUAAAAACAGAGAAGAAAAAUUACUUAUUGAAAAUAGAGCUACAUUUCGUUUUUAUUACUAACUUGCGCUUACUGAAAUAGUUUAAAGAUCAGUUUAAAACAACUUUUGUAUAGUAACAACGUGAAGAAGUCAUUCACAGAUCUGAAUACAGUCGGCUGAAUCACUCUACACGUUAUGAAAUUAUUUGUUAUAACCUUGGUUAUAGUUUCGAUGUUAGCUGUAUGUAAACUACGUUUAUCGGUGGUUAAAAACAUUAUUAAAAUAGAAAAGGCAAUAUAAUAUAGUAAAAUAAAAAAAGAAUCGAUGGAAUUGUUAUUGUAUUUGCAACAAAAGCCAAUUGGAAAAUCUUUGCAGCUUAUUUCCAAGACGUGAUGGAAAUUCAACCUUUAACAAUAUAUAUUUUAACACUUCAUUUCGUGUUUUUAACAUCGUCCAACCUUGACAAAACGUCAAAAGAGUUGAGUCGUACGUUGAAAACUUUUGUAAAGGAACUAACAUCGUACGAGACAUUCAGAAAAGAAGUUAAAACAUUAUAUGACAGCAAUGACAUCAUCGUUAAAACUUUGAACGUUUCUGAAGUCAGUAAAGAAUUCAACGAUAACUUACGAAACUUGUUAGUAUCUCGUAUCAACUCAGUUAAAGCUAUCAAGAAGAAAGCGGAAUCACUUUAUAAUAACUACACAUACAACGAAAACAUUCAACCAUUUGAUUAUCGAAAUGAUAAAAAACUUCCAAAUACUUCUGUGCGAUAUGAGCCGACAUUCUCAAUUGGUAAUAAAGUGAAUUUGAACCAGAGUCAUGUCCAGUUUCCUACUAAUAUUUACGAAUAUGACAAGAAGAUAUUGAAUGAUGCAAAGUGGAGCGAAGGUUUAGAUAGUGUUUUUUUAAAAAAUCUCGAGAAGGAACCGUCAUUGUUGUGGCAAUAUGUUGGCACGAAUAAUGGAAUUUUUCGCUCUUUUCCUGGUUCCAGACAAGAGGAUGUCGUUUUGGAUAAAUAUGAUUGCAGACGGCGACUAUGGUACAGCCAAGCAAUAAAUUCUCCAAAGGAUGUUUUGAUUGCGCUUGAUCAAAGUGGUUCCAUGACUGGAAUUAAUUUUAAUAUCGCAAAACUAACGGUGAAAUCUCUAAUAGACACUUUGCAGCAAGACGAUUUCUUUAAUGUAAUUACAUUUGGAGCUGAAACCAACUUUAUAAUUCCCUGUUUAUCAAAUUUAACACAAGCCACAACAAGAAAUAAAGAUCUAAUAAAGACUGCAGUGGAUAACUUACCUUUUCCUAACGGUGAGUCUGAUAUAAAACUAACGUUAAACAACGCGCUGAAUAUCUUAAAAAAGGAUUCAAACAAUAAUUUAAUAUCGUCUUCCUGCACGAAAAUUCUACUUUUGGUUUCUGAUGGAGUUGAAGAAGAUGAUACCAUCCAUGAAUUGCUACAUGAGCUUAACCAGGAAGAAGAAGUAUCACUGUUUGCAUUUCAAAUUGGACCUAAUAAAAAUAAAGGUGAAAUGAGAAGAUUAGCCUGCAGACAUGGAGGAGAAUAUUACGAGUUUCCAACUGUAGGCAAUGUGUGGAAUCGUGUCUUGAAAUAUCAACAAGUACUAAGUUAUCCUAUUGCUAAAGCUAAACAAGACAUGGUUGUGUUCACGCCUUUGUACUUGGAUAGCUCUGGUCUUGGGAUGAUGACAACAAUUGCUGUUGGAAUAUUUAGUAAUGCAACUAAUGUGACAAGCAACACUUUGGUUGGGGUAGCUGGGGUUGAUAUCGGAACAACACUGGUGGAAAGACAACCUCCGUAUCAAAAGUUAGGUAUCUUUGGUCAUGCAUUUUCAAUAAACAAUAACGGGUUGUUCUUAAUGCAUCCAAGAUUUCGUGAUCAGAAUGGUCACCUUCCAGAUCCGGCGACUGUCUACCUAAGUGAACUUGAACAUACAACAGAUCCAUCAAAAAGCAUAAAAUUAAUGAAAGAAAUGAUAGAUGAUAAAACAGGAUGUAUGGAUGCUGAACUUGAUUGGUUGUAUAUGGAUGAUAUCAAACGCAGUGUUAGAUUUAACGCUACCUACUGCUAUCGUCCUGCAAAUGGCACGCCUUUUAGUACAGGAGUCAGCGUUCCAUUUAUAAACCAAAAAUUUCUGACUGUAAAAAUGGUAAAUUUAAAAUCCAAUCUACAAAAUAACAGAUACCUAUCAAACGAUUUAGAUAAUCACGAGUCAAUACAAAUUGCAAAUUGGUUAUUUUGUGAUAUUCCCGCGAAGGCUCAAGAAACAAACCCAGCCUCUUUAAAGCUUUACCCAACAGCCGAAGAGCUAAAAUCAUUUAUUUUGGAUUCUUCAGAGAGCAUUGAUGAUAAAUGCGACGAGGAUGUACUUUGGAAGUUAUUAUUGUUUUCUAAGGUGACCACUAAUUUUACGCAUACCUAUUGGGAUAACACAAAAUUAGAAGAACAAGCAGUAAAAGCUGUUUACAUUAUAACAUCUUCAGGAUUUACGCAAUCUCAUUUCUUUAAUUACCAGCUCAACCUAAAUCGUGAUAUACUAAAAGAGAUACGGUACGCCCAUCCAGCUUCGUUUUAUAUGCGUGGCCUUGAUAACAUUCUGGUAUUUACUGUCCAUAUUAGAAAUAAACGAUUGAAGACGCAAAAUACGAAUACGGAAAUUUCUGUUGGAGUACCAAUAACAGUGUCUUCUGAUCGUGUGCUUGUUGGAAUUAUCGGAAUGGUUUUACCAUCACAGUACUUACAAAAUCUAUUGCUGAAUGUUUCCAAAGAGUUUACUUGCGAUCAUCCAGCUUGUGUAGCUUAUUCCUGUAAUGAUUUGGAUAAUUUAAAAUGUUAUUUACUUGACGAGCAUGGCUAUGUGGUAGCUAGUAAUAAAGGAGAAAUAGAGGUUGGAUAUUUUUUCGGAUAUGUGAAUGGAAUGUUAAUGCGAGAACUGGAAGUUUUAGGAAUAUAUAAAAGUGAGGUGUACAGAGAUAAUCAAGCACAAUGCCAAGACGAAAAAUACGUCGAAUCAAGUGCAAUUUCUUUCCGUUCUUUCCUUCAUAAAUUAAUCACAUCGUUUGCUUUUUUAAUAACCGAUUUUUUAUCAAUUCUAACCAUAUUAUUAUCAAAUAACGUUGAAUACACACUUUCCAGCGAAUCUAACAUAAAUGUCAGUUGCACUAAGCAAUUUGAUAUUCAUUCUGUUUCCAAUCAUUCAAUUAACCAUAAUGGAUAUAUAAAUUGCACGAAACAUUGCAAACAGAAGUACAUUAUUGAAACAGUAGAAGGAACAAAUUUAGUUCUUGUAAUCACCGACGACCAAUGCAACAGUACCUGCUUAAAAUAUACCCAUGGUUUCGAACCGACUAAAAUCGAGGAAACUGAGACUUGCAACAAAAACUUGCAUUACAGAAAGGCGUUGCCAUUGUGUUACAAAUUAACUGCAGGUGAUUUUCAGUGUGCUUCAAGAAUAGGAACGUUAAAACCACAGAAAGAAUUAAUAUUUGGAAAUAUAUUUUUAUUUUUAUGUUUUUAUAUAUGCGUAUUUAGCGAAAAUUUGAAAUAAUGUAAUCUAAUGAAUUUAACAUGUUUGAAUAUUUUUCUUAUUAAUUUCUUUAAUUCAGUAUUUCUAAAAGCAUCUGCCGUGAAAACCCCAUGGAACUGAAAAACUGUCUACUACUACUCUAACCUGGUCUUUAUAUACCCUUUAUAAACACUCACUAAAGAAUUUAUUCACAACUUCUUUGAAAAGAAAAAAGAUUUUUGUGCUAAUUAUAAAUAAAACAUAAAAAACAAACACAGAAUG